CACACAGCUGGUAACAGUAAACAGUAAACAGUGAAGCUGUAAUAACACAAUAUUGAAACUCGCUAAUACAAAGCUUACUUCAAAUUAACGGUUUGAUCUUAAUUCAGUUUUUUUUUGAUUUCUAAGUUUAAUCAAGUCAAAAAGUCCAAUACUCGUUAUCAAGCUAAUUCGAACUGUUACUCUCCUGUUUCCAUUUUCUCGUACUGUUAAAUUGUGUUGUGUUUAAUCGUAAUUAAUUGAACAAAUAUGUCUUUGGUUCCACUUAUUCUUGAAUCAAUGCUAAAUGAUCAAUCAGAUCAUUACUAUCCAAUCAUCGCUUACCGUGAACCAGUUAUGGAUUACCCUAGAAGAUCAUGGGGUCAAAUGAAUCGUGCUCUUCGUCAAUUGGACCAAUUGUCUAAGCAUCUCAAUCAAGAAAUGACAACAAUCAACGAUUCCGAAGAUAAAUUCGAGGUUAAUGUUGAUUGUGCCCAUUUCAAACCAGAGGAGAUAAACGUUAAAUUGGCCGACAAUCAUCUGGUAGUUGAAGCAAGACAUGAAGAAAGAUCUGAUGAACAUGGUUUCAUCUCACGAGCAUUCAAGAGGAGAUAUAUCUUACCAGAAAAUGUAGAAAUUGAGAAAAUCGAGUCAAGCUUAGGAGUUGAUGGUGUUCUUAAGAUCAAAGCUCCAAAGAAGGUUGUCAAUGCUGUUACAGGAGAAAAGAAGAUUCCAAUUACAUUGACCAACCAAGUCCAUCAACCAGUUGAAAGUGGUGAUAAAGCUCAAACUGAAAAGAUGGAAACCAAAUAAUAAACUCAGCCAAAGAUAUGGUUUUACCAAUUGUAUUGGUUAAUGCACAUCUCUUAAUGCAAAUCUCAUCAUUUGUGUUCCAAAGUCAAUCAAAAUUACAUAGCUUAUGUAACACCUGUUCAUCCCACCAUUCACUGAACCCACCUUCUAAAUAUUGUAUCGAUUUCUUCCUAUGUUUAUCUGUGAUUAAUAAAUAAUUUUUUUUAAGAAAAAA